AUGAUAAAUUCAAAUAUCAGAACAGCAGAGAACGAAGCCGAAGAAAGAGCAAGCUCUAUGAAUAUCAAUGAUAGUUUUGCUCAAGUUUAUCAAAAUGAAUUUGGGAUUAACACCGCAAAUUACAAUCAAUCAUCGCCAAAACCGAAGAAAUUUCUUCAAGUAGUCGCAAAUGAUUUGAAGCCAAAUCUAUUGGAGUAUGGACGUGAGUUUCUAAGCACCUAUCAUAAUAAGCAUGAUGUCUCUCAGGCCAUGGACAAAGUCUUACGGGGGAUAUUCGUAGACGCAACCAGUUCAUUCGUUGUAAAUUGCGUAAAAUACAUAACUCCGGAUUGGCUUUUAUUCAUUAACCAGGCUUUUGGAAUUAUAUUCCCUACAUUUUGGGAACUAUUUAUUGAUUAUAUCUAUCCACCAUCUGGUUCCGAUCCAGAUCCACUAUAUUGGGGGAAUAUCAUCUAUCUGUUGAUCAUGGCUUUACUUCACUUCAUCUUGAUGUUCCUCUUGAAUCAAUUCUAUAUUUAUGGUAUAUUAACUUCGACAAUGUUAAGACGUGCGCUAUCAAUGGCAAUCGUUUGUUUCAUCGCAUGGCUCAAACGGAAGAAGCCAGUAAAGUGA